UGCGUCUUUUGCUUUAUAUGAUCUCUCCAAGAGCAUCGCACUCCGGAGGAGGAAGAGGAGGCGGCUAUGGGGAAAGGAUUCGACGGCGCGAGGGCGGCGGAGGUGGUGGCGGAGCUGAGGGAGACCUUCCGGUCCGGGAGGACAAGGAGCUUGCGUUGGAGGGCAGCGCAGCUGAAGGCCCUCGCCAGGAUGAUCGAUGAGAACGAGGCGGACAUCGCCGCGGCGCUCUACCAUGACCUCGCCAAGCCUCCUACGGAGUCUUUCCUUCACGAGAUUUCACUGGCAAAGGAAGCAUGCCUGUUUGCUCUAAAGAAAUUGAAACGCUGGAUGAAACCGCGGAAGGUUCCUACUUCUAUUACAACUUUUCCAUCAUCUGCAAAAAUUGUGCCGGAGCCCUUUGGUGUUGUACUUGUCAUUUCGGCAUGGAACUUUCCAUUUUUGUUAUCCAUUGAUCCAGUAAUUGGAGCCAUUGCAGCUGGGAAUACUGUUGUUCUGAAGCCAUCAGAAGUUGCAACAGUCACAUCAUCAUUUCUUGCAAAAAAUCUACCACAGUAUGUAGAUAACUCUUGUAUAAGGGUAGUUGAGGGAUCUAUUCCUGAAGCAUCGGCACUUCUGGAGCAAAAGUGGGAUAAGAUAUUCUAUACAGGCAGUGCAAGAGUAGGCCGUAUCGUGAUGGCUGCAGCAGUAAAGCAUCUGACACCACUAGUCCUGGAACUUGGAGGAAAAUGUCCUGUUCUUGUUGAUUCAAAUGUUGAUAUAAAAGUUGUGGCAAAGAGAAUUGUUGUAGGCAAGUGGGGGUGUAAUAGUGGACAGGCUUGUAUCGCUCCAGACUACAUCAUUACAACAAAAGCAUUUGCUCCAAAAUUGGUGGAUGCUCUAAAAAUAACUUUGGAGAAAUUUUACGGGAAGAAUCCAUUGGGAUCAACAGAUCUAUCUCGUAUCGUGAACUCCAGUCAUUUCACACGCUUGAAAAAUCUUUUGGAUGAAGAAAAGGUUUCUGGCACAAUUGUCCAUGGAGGCCAAGAAGAUGAAAAGCAUUUAAAAAUAGCUCCUACGCUCUUAUUAGACGUUCCCAGUGAUGCAUCCAUAAUGAAGGAGGAAAUAUUUGGUCCCUUACUACCAAUUAUAACGGUUGAUGAUUUGGAACAGAGCUUUGAUGUUAUAAACUCAAAACCGAAGCCUCUUGCAGCUUAUCUGUUCACCAAGGACCACAAAUUAGAAAAAAAAUUCGUGAAGACUGUAUCAGCCGGAGGAAUGCUCAUCAAUGAUGCGAUCUUACAAUUUACAAAUCCUCAUUUGCCAUUUGGUGGAGUUGGAGAGAGUGGAAUGGGGUCCUACCAUGGAAGAUUCUCAUUUGAUGCAUUUAGUCACAAAAAAGCUGUACUAAGCCGAGGUUUCUACGGGGAAAUUCCUAUGAGGUACCCUCCAUAUACACCACUGAAGCAGAAGGUUUUGAGGGGACUGAUCGCCGGUAACAUCCUGCCGCUGCUUCAUGCUCUUGUUGUGUGGCCUGGGCAUCAAAAAGUUUAAUUGUCUACAUUAUGCAAUAUAUCUAUGAACUAACUAUAUACGUCUUUAUUAGAUUUGAUGUAAUAUAUUGUACUUGUGCUCUUAUGUAAUUUAACUUUCUAAGAACAUCAAGCUGACUGAAAUUUGUGUGUCUUGAUCUUAGCUAUACAAUAUAUUCUAUG